GCUCCUUCCCUGCCUGAGCCCCAGCUGCAGCCGCGCAGUCCUGCUCCCAAGACCUGGAGGACAGACAACUCUGCAGUUCCCGUUCACAAGCCUGGGCUGGAACAGACCCCUGCCUGCCAGCUCCCUGCUCCCCAGCCUCCUGGCCAGCUCCUCAUCGCUGGCAGCAGGUGGGGUUCCAUGAAACCCUCAAAGGCAUCCCAGCGCUACAAAAGCAUCCGGAGGAAUGCCAGCCAGCACUACCUCUACCAGGAGUCCCUGCUGCUCAGCAACUUGGAUGACAGCUUUAAUGCUGAGGAAGCCGGGGACAGCAACGAUCCGGAGCAAAUCUUCCAGAAUAUACAGUUCCAGAAAGAUCUCAUGGCGAACAUUCGCUGCAGACCCUGGACCAUGGGCCAAAAGCUGAGGGCAUUGAGAAGAGCGAAGGAGAUUAUUCUCAAGUUUGAAGGGAGGCUGACCAGGACCCGAGGCUACCAGGCAGCAGGAGCAGAGCUCUGGCGGAAACUGGCGCGCCUCGCCUGUAACUUUGUGGUCAUCUUCAUCCCCUGGGAAAUGAGGAUAAAGAAAAUCGAGAGUCAUUUUGGAUCAGGUGUCGCCUCCUAUUUCAUCUUCUUGAGAUGGUUAUUUGGAAUUAAUAUUGUGCUCACAAUUAUGACAGGUGCUUUCAUUGUUAUUCCAGAGUUGAUUGCAGGCCAGCCCUUUGGAAGCACCACCAGCAAGACCAUCCCCAAGGAGCAUGCUGCGUCUGCCCAAGACCUGGACACCGUCUGGUCCCUGGGGGGCUAUCUCCAGUACUCAGUCCUCUUCUAUGGCUACUAUGGCAGGGAGAGGAAGAUCGGGAGAGCUGGCUAUCGGCUGCCCUUGGCCUAUUUCCUGGUGGGGAUGGCGGUGUUUGCUUACAGCUUCAUCAUUCUUUUAAAAAAGAUGGCUAAGAACUCCCGCACCAGCCUUGCCAGUGCUUCUAAUGAAAACUACACCUUCUGCUGGCGGGUGUUUUGUGCCUGGGAUUAUCUCAUCGGAAACCCAGAGGCUGCAGAGAGCAAAACGGCUGCCAUCGUGAACAGCAUCAGGGAGGCUAUACUGGAAGAACAGGAAAAGAAGAAAAGCAAAAACCUGGCAGUGACCAUCUGCCUGAGGAUCGUGGCCAACAUCCUGGUGCUUCUCUCACUGGCCGGGAGCAUAUAUCUCAUCUACUUUGUGGUUGACCGGUCCCAGAAGCUGGAGCAGUCCAAGAAGGAGCUGACGCUUUGGGAGAAGAACGAGGUGAGCGUGGUGGUCUCCCUCGUCACCAUGCUGGCGCCGUCAGCCUUUGACCUCAUCGCCGCCUUGGAGAUGUACCACCCACGGACCACACUGCGCUUCCAGCUGGCCAGGGUCCUCGUGCUGUAUCUGGGAAAUCUCUACAGUCUGAUCAUCGCCCUCCUGGACAAAGUCAACAGCAUGAGCAUUGAGGAAGUUGCUACCCCAAAUAACACAAGUCCUUGGCUCGAUUCUACCACCGUCUUUGCCACCAGGACAGCCCCCGAAGAAGAGAAAUGGUCCACGCUUCAGCCUGGAAGGUGGCUCAGGAGAAGCAGCACGUGGGCCUUGGAAGAGACUGGUCUUGCGACUUCCGCCAUGCCACUCGCAAAGGCCAAUGAGACCACCGUCUACACCCAGGCUCCCCAAGACCAGUGCUGGGAGACAUACGUUGGCCAGGAGAUGCUGAAGCUGUCCAUCAUCGACAUGCUCUUCACGGUGGCCAGCAUCCUGCUCAUAGACUUCUUCCGAGGCCUGUUCGUCCGCUACCUGAGUGACUACUGGUGCUGGGACCUGGAGAACAAGUUUCCCGAGUAUGGAGAAUUCAAAAUAGCUGAGAACGUGCUCCAUUUAGUCUACAACCAAGGGAUGAUCUGGAUGGGGGCCUUCUUCUCGCCCUGCCUCCCAGCAGUCAACGUUCUCAAGCUCAUUGGGCUCAUGUACCUGCGGAGCUGGGCUGUGCUGACCUGCAACGUGCCCCACCAGCAAGUCUUCAGAGCCUCCAGAUCCAACAACUUCUACCUGGCGAUGCUCCUGUUCAUGCUCUUCCUGUGCAUGCUGCCCACCGUGUUCGCCAUCGUUCGGUACAGGCCGUCCCUGAGCUGCGGGCCUUUCAGCGGACAACAGAAAAUGUAUGACAUCGUGUCGGAGACGGUGGCGAGCGACUUCCCCGUGUGGUUCGGCUCCGUGGUCGGCUACGUGAGCAGCCCCGUGGUCAUCCUGCCGGCGGUGCUGCUGCUGUUCAUGCUCAUCUACUACCUGCAGAGCAUCGCGCGGUCCUUGAAGCUCAGCAACCACCAGCUCAAGAUGCAGAUCCAAAACGCAAGAUCUGAAGAUAAGAAAAAAGUUGCCCAAAUGGUAGAAGCCCGAAUCCAGACCCAAGAGGAGAACUCCAAGAGGCUCCCAAAAGACAGUGAUCUCGCCAGCCAGCUGUCCUCAGCACUCUCGGUGACACCCCAAAACAACGGCAACGCAGUCGGUGUCAGCUCACCGUGCGGCAAGAACAGCACAGUAGAGACAGUCACGCGAUCUGUGUCCCAGAGUCCCAAGCUGGGGCACAGUGGUCCCAGCUCACCUCUUCCUGGUGUCUCCAAAUCCAGGCCAGAGCCCGCCACUAACAGGUAUCCACGGGGGCCACGUGCAAGCCCAGGGGACUUUCACAAGAACAGAUCCUGCACACCUGCCACGUUUACAAAGCGCAUCGAAGAUGUUCACUCAGAAUCUCUUUUCCGGAAAGAAUUUCAGCCCGUCAGCCCUUCUUCUCGUCAUGGACCCGAGACCUCGGCCCGGGUGGCACGUGGCCACAGGUCCCAUGCUCCCCGAUACUAUAUCGUUAACGAGCGUGACCCUCACCCAGAACCACAUCCAACUCUCUGGCCAGAAAGACACUUCAAGAUCGACACCGUGGGUGACACUGUGGAGAUGUACCCCGAGAGCAUGCAGCCGUAUGUGUCCCGGGUGCCCCUCCAGCCUCACUCUCCGCAGCUGAGCGAAGACGAGGAGGCGAUACCGAGGGGCGGCUUGAUCCAGUGGCCUUUCCUUCCGCACCCCCUCACAGACCUCCAGCGGGCCCCUCAUUUUUACGUCGGAGAAAGACUGGACAGUCGGACGCUGGUUCCUGAGCACCAGGAGCGGAUGCGCCGUAGACCUUGGGAUGAUGUCUUCGAGGGCCCACCUGGCAGGCCCACGUUUGUCCACAAAAAGCCACGCUCCCAGCACUGCUGGUCCCCGCAGCCCCCGCUGAAGCCCAGGGCCAAGCCCAGGUUCGAGCCGUCCUUCACAGAAUCGGAUUCUGUGUCGGCGGCGUCCAGCAGUGACCAGCAGACCAGCAGCGCCGACCAGUACCUGCAGGUCACCCACAGCCAGGUUAAGUGCCCCAGGGCCGACGGCCGACUCGGCAGGAGGAAGGCCAGGCCCAGGCAGGAGCUGAUGGCGGACUUGAGCGACCUGAUUUGUUCAGAUGUCUAGGCUCCCGCUGAUGUCUCGUCUGUAGAGCUCAGACCCCUGUUGGCGUUCUGGACCACUGCCCGUGUCCCCAUCCAGAAACAGAGAAGAAUGUGGCUAGUGGGGUCAGACACCUACGGGACUUAUCUGGGCACGUCUGCCAGCUGCCGGCCGAUGUCUUCAGACUCACAAAGCUCCAAGUGCUUACUCUGUGGCAGCCACUUGCACGUGGGGCACUUCUGCAGGUCCUGUCGUGUCCAGCGCACAGCGGCACGUGCAGCCUUAUUUAUUUAUUUCAUUCCAUUUGUUACUAUUUUUUAAUUUGACCAAA